AAAAAACCCUCUGUACCACCAUGAGGAUACGCAAGAACGCCAAGAUUUCUCCUCUAGUCUAUGCGACGUCGUCUCUGAAGCCCGGCACCGUUAUCCAGACCCAUGUUUGCCAGCUGAAUCAAUCACCCUGGGACGUGAAGAGCUUCUCGCCACCAUCAUCUCCUCCGCCACCACCACCACCUCCGCCGCCUCCUCCGCCCUCCCAGUUCGAUGGAAAUGAUGUCUGUGGUGAAAAUGGGAGCUCAUUCGACGCCAUUCCAGUUUUUCAGAGGGAAAUCAGUGCUGGUUUGAAAUGGGAAGACUCCGGCGGCAAAACCUCCGGCGGCAAAACCGCCGCCGGCAAGGCGAAGCAGCCCCCGAAAGAUGAGACAUUCGUCCUCUGCUGCAAGACUGACGGCAAGAGCUGGCAGUGCCGACGGGAAGCCGCAAAAGGAAAUUCAUUAUGUGAGCAUCAUUUAUCCCUAUUGAAGAACUACAACAGCUCGAGCCACUCCAAGAAGUCAGAGAAGUCAUCACUCGCCGAGCCUCAACGCCGCCCCAGGCCGAAGAGAGCGUCGGCGUCAUCAUCCUCCAAUCCGCACGAAUUCUACUACUACUCAGGGUUCGGGCCGCGAUGGGGAAGAAAGAGAGGUGAAGCGAGCAAGAAAGCUGGCACUGACGCUAGUAAAAAUAUCGAGAUCGAAAGUGAUUUGAACUCGGCAGUACUGUCUCGAUUUCAAGAAGAUGACGAUACGGAUUAUGUGGAGGAUGAGGAAGAGGAGAACGAAGAUGAAGAUCAUGGAAAUAGUAGCAGAAAGAAGAGAGCCCGUAAGCCGAUCAAAGCUCGGUCCCUUAAAUCUCUAAUGUAAUGAUCACAAAGUCGCUCAAAAUGAGUGUAUUUGUAGGCUACUUUCUAAUUAUCUGUACAUUUGUGUGACUUUUCAAUUAAGGGUUAUUUGAUUUAGUUUUCUGAACGU